AUGGGCGUUGAGGAGGAAGAGGAGGAGGAGGAGGAGUGCGCAGAGGUGGAUGGGGAGGGGCGCGGCGCGCCGCGGCUGGCCGCGUGGCUCCCCUUGCUCGCCGGCGGCGCGGGGGAGGGCGGCGCGGCGGGGCUCGCGGCCGAUGCGCGGGAGGCGCUGUCGGGCGCGCUGGCUGACCUGGCGCACACCUUCAUGGCGGCGUCCGUGUUUGGCAAGGCGACCAUGUUGAUGCUCGCCACAGUGCCUAUGCUGCUCGCCUCUGGGUGGCUGUACCGCCGCUCGUCCCCGGGCACGCCCUGGGUUGACGCGCUGCUCAAGGCCUUCUCGCUGCUCUUCAGGGUGCCCCUCGCUCCGGAGAAGAGGCUGGCGUCCUAUGCGGUGGUGAACGCCACCUUUCUGUGCGGGUUCUUCUCCUUUGCGCUGCUGCUGUCCAUUGUCACGGAGGAGGUGCAGCGCAGGCUGGAUGUGGUGCGAAAUGGGAAGCUGCCGGUCCGGGCGGAGGACCACUUGGUCAUCCUCAAUUGGUGA